AUGGCCUCGUGGAUUCCAAUUGAAGAUGGCUCCGAUUUUUCGUUACAGAACCUUCCAUAUGGCGUCUUCAGCACUGAUGACCUGGACCAGCGAAUUGGUGUGGCAAUUGGGGAUUAUGUACUGGAUCUCAAAGCUCUAGCCCAGGAAAAGGUCUUUGCUGCAAUCGAUUUCGACAGCUCGACGCUCGAAGAGCCGACGAUCAAUGCGUACGCAAGUUUAAGAAAGAGUGUUCAUCAUGAUGUAAGAAAAUUGAUGCAAGAUAUCUUAAGUGAAAGUACUCUGCUUGGCCCAGUCUUGCGCGAUCAUCGAGAUCGGAGGGACAGAGUUCUUGUCCCGUUGUCUAGAGCAAAAAUGCACAUGCCGAUGCACAUAGGUGAUUACACCGACUUCUUCGUCGGCCUGUAUCAUGCUCAAAAUUGCUGUGACAUCUUUCGGCCUGGAAUGGGACUCCCGCCAAACUUUUCGAGUCUGCCUGUCGGCUAUCAUGGUCGGGCAUCGUCAGUUGUCAUUUCAGGCACGCCUGUUCAUCGACCAAGAGGCCAAAUUGUCCUAAAUGGAAUCCCUACCGAAAGUCUUUGCCAGAAACUCGAUUUUGAAGUUGAGUUUGCUGCAUUCAUUGGGCGCGGCAACAAGAUGGGAAGCCGCAUUGAUGUUAAUGAGGCAGAAGACCAUAUCUUUGGCGUUGUUCUGAUGAACGACUGGUCAGCAAGAGACAUCCAGCAGUGGGAGUCCACGCCGCUUGGGCCUUUCAAUGGGAAGAACUUCUGCACCACUAUUUCACCGUGGAUUGUGACCUUGGAAGCUCUAGAACCAUUCCGAACCACGCCUUUAACAGCCGAUCCACAGCUUCCCUAUCUGAACCAAGACGAAAAGCAGUCGGUAUAUGAUAUCCCGAUUCGAGUGUCGCUAGAAAAUGACUCUGGAACAUAUUCGGUGACGGAAUGUAAUACGAAGCACGUGGUCUUCUCCUUUGCUCAAAUGCUAGCGCAUCAUACAGUAGGCGGGUGCCCAAUGCGACCAGGGGAUCUUAUUGCCACAGGUACACUAUCCGGACCAACUCGAGGAGAGCUUGGGUGCUUUCUAGAAGCAACGCGAAAUGGCAUCGAUCCCUAUGAGAUGAAAGCACAGUUUUCAGGGAAACAGAAUAUCAGCCGGGCGUUCCUAGAGGACGGCGACACCAUAGAAUUUAAGGCACAAGUGCAAGGCAAGAGCGGGCUGGGACAUGUUGGAUUUGGCGCUUGUAAAGGCAAAAUAGUAGCAUCAGCGUGAUUAUCUUAAUUUUUGUAUCAGUGGUGUAGCACGAUAG